AAAGCAAGAGAACCCUCGACCGCUCGCACCAAGUCAUCGAGAGAUUAAUGUUACGCGAUAUUUUCAUUUUUUUAUAACGAAGUACAACAAAACACUAGUGAAAACGAGCAUGUGAUUUGAUACCAAGUGAUACUUAAUAAACUGAGUAGUGUUCUCCAUAUUUCAACAUGUACAAAACGGUGCGUCAUGGCGAAAAUAGUCUCCAAUAUACCAUUCUUCCGCAAACCGAGGAAGUUUUAAACAACAGUGGACUUAAGGGAAAAGGUCGUGAUUACAGCCCCUCAAUUCAUGUGCGUCGCUCUAGGAGGAGAUCGACUUUAAAAUAUGUUUUAAUGGUGAUUUUUGGAACAAUCAUCGCUCUGGCUCUCGCUUCCGUUCCUCUUUAUGUUAUGAAUGGUGCGUUGUUCGCUCGAAGAUUGCAGUUCGAUCACCAUGACACCACCACUGCGCCUCUUUCACCGGGAGGCAGAGAGAUUAUUCGAUCUCGGAAAAAGGAACUAAAAAUGUCACCAGAAAUAAUCACUGUUAAACCUAAAGAAGAAAUUAGUACUACAAUAAUUCCCACUACAACUACAUCGACAACAUCUACUACCCAACUUCCUAGCACCGUAACAAGUGAAAAGGUAACGACACCGCCUUGGACUAUGCCUGCUUUAAGAUCUUGGAAGUCGUCAGCGUCGUCGACCGCACUCCCGCAACUACCGACAGAAGAUAUAGAACGAAUCCCAUUAAUCGGUACACCUUCUGGCAGUGUGCGCCUUUUGGAUCAUUACAUGUCUAUGAGACCAUGGGAUAAAGACAUAAUUAUAAAACCCACAGUCACAUCAGAACCCAUAACGAUACAAAACGUUUUCAACUACUUUUCUCGUGGCUUUAAUCCUACGGAGAAAACAAUUACAGACCGUGCAAAAGUAUUCGAUGACGUAUUGAUUACGACCAAAGCUACACCAAUACAGACAUCAACCACAAGUGACAUAACCAGCACAAGUGAACGAUCUAAAUUUAAAGACUUGAAAGAUACGUUACUAUCCGUAGACGACGACGAAGAAUUUAAAGAAUCAUUAGAGGUGGACGAGGUAUUUUCACUACCACCAUUAAAGCCAGAUUCUGCUGUGCCAAGUUCGGAUUCCGAUGAAGUAACGGUGUCGAAGGCGACUGAUAACGGAUGGUACGGAGCGAGGUGGCCUUUUGUCGAUUCCUCAACUUACUUCCAAUGGCCAGUCAAUGGACCUGGGGACAGUUUAUUACUACCGCUGCUGACUGCCGCCUUGUCAUCUAUGACCUUCGUUUUACUACUUGCUCUAGCAAUAAAGUUACGAAAAAGAAGCAGCCAUUCUUCGGCUCAGCUUGGGAAGUUAACCGCCGAAUUACAGACAGAUGACAACACUAAUUUAUUGCAAGCUGAAAAUCCUGAAGAGACGGAGGAGUGAGCCGGCUGGAAUUGCUUUUUAUUUUAUUUAAGUCCUAUGCACAUAUUAAGGAACUGUAAGAGAUAAUCUCAAGCUUAUAAUUGUUACAAUAUUUAUUCCAAAUAGGUAAAGAUCAAUCAUGAAAACUAGUAUCUAUUAUAAAAUUAUUACUCAUAUCCAUUUAACUGUUAAUUAAUAUUGUCAAUAAUUACAUGAUUAGGUUUCGAGUAUGCAAACGUGCGACCUUUCCUCAAUUGUGCAUAAGACGUGAAACACCUUGUAAUAAUUUUGCGGCUAUGUUAAGGGUACUGACAACUGAGCUACGUCUUGCCGAACCGUAUAUUACCUUCUAGUGCCUAUUGUUUGUAUUUCAAAUCAACGUGUUUUCAAAGUAAAGAAACUGUGCUCAUAAAUUUAUUUAGACUGAAAUAUUAAUGCCAAAUUAACUAUUAUAACUGGCAUUUAUAAGCAUUUAAAAUUUCCCUAUAAGUAACACGACUAAACAAGAAUACUUCUAUUAUUUUCAAUCUCCUCUCUCAAACUAACCAAUACUUAUAUUAGAACUAUUAUAGCGUUCAUGAGCUUUUAGACACUAACAUUCUCAAUGAGUCUUCGUUCAUACAUCCCUCAUAUCUCUUAAAGCUAAUUAAUAUCUUGUCAGUAUUAAUAAAUUAAUGUGAAUGUUUAUUUUUAAUAUAAUCGAUAUUAGGGUAAGAUUGGCGUCGCUCUACUUAUAUUGAAAUCAUUAAUAGUCCUUGUUCCAAUGCCCGAACAAACGAACAAUUAGAAAAAACACAUUAUUAUUUUAUACAAAUAGCGGUUUUAUUGAUAUCUUUUUUUAAUAAUAUUAUGAGCAUUGAGAACAAGCGCUAUAUUUCGCUUUAUGUUGUAAUUUAUUAUUUGAAUAGAUAUAAGACUGAUGUAGGGUUUCGUUACGUUCGAUACGUUGAACCUAUUUUUAUAAAAGGCACGUUUAUUUUCUUCUGUGCUUCGGUGUUAGUUGUAAGGGGUGUAAUAUCAUACUAUACAUAUAUAUGUAUCAAGAGUCGGCUACAUGUGAUAUCGUGGAUGUAAAAGCGAGUAAAGGAAUUGCAGGGCACUGUUUUAAAUCGUGAUAAUCGAACACCAAACAUUAUGUAACACGCUAGUCAUAGUUGAUAAUCACAGUAUCAUGAUGCUAGCGAAAUUUUAUAUCAUAUUAUAAUAUAUCGCACACGAAUAUAUUGGUAGCUGUUUAUUUUGAACCGGCUUUUGUGUCCAAUAGUUUGUCGGAACCGUAUAUUUAUUUUGUGCUAAAACACUAUGUACAUAAAUAAUGAUAUAAUAAAUUAUGUUUUCCCACUUAAA